CAUGACACCAACAAGAACACCCCCCUUCCCUAAAUGCCUACGCAACUCAAUAAUCCUUCCAAUAUUCAACAAAUCAUAGGAGAUAGAAUACAUUCGAAUACCCAAGAACAAUGAACACCCUAGAAAUACAACCUCUGUUGGUAAGCAUCACGGAUAUAACUAACGGACAUUGCGGCCAUUUGUAAGCACCAAUCAACCGCUAGGAACAUAGUGAUAUCAACAACGAUGAUAUAUCUUCCCCAAGGAACAAAGAGGCAUUGAAAGGUAUUGGAAUCAGUUCAAACAGAAUAAAUCAUAUUGGAACAAUUGCCACACAAUCUACGAAGUAUACCAAACCAACCCGACCCGAAUAAAAACGGAAAAACGCAAAAGCAAAAUGCCCAAGAUCGGCAUCUUCCCCGCCGCCGGCGGUCUGGGAAGCAGCAUCAUCGACCACCUCGUCCAACGCGUCCCUGCCGACCAGUUAAUUCUCAUCGCCCGCAAACCCGAUUCCCUCGCUGAACUAAGUCGCCAGGGCGCCACGGUCCGCCGAGCAGAUUAUGAAGACCCCUCGACGCUGGACCGCGUCUUUGACGGGGUAGACGUGCUGAUGCUGAUCUCGUAUGCGUCGUUCGAGAUCCAGUAUCGGGUGGAGGCCCACCAAGCCGCCAUCGACUGCGCCCGCCGCAGCGGCGUAAAACACAUCUUCUACUCCUCGCUCGCGUUCGGGGGCGACCUGGCCGACACAAGCGUAGCCCAUGUUAUGGGCGCCCAUCUACGCACCGAGCGAUACCUCGCCGAGCUCCAGGCGCAAGGGCACAUCACCUACACGGCCAUCCGGGAGGGCCUCUACUCGGAAUCGUUCCCAAUCUAUACGGCCUGGUUUGACCUGGCGGAUCCCGUGGAUGAAAUUACCAUCCCGCACGAUGGUUCCCCGCCGGGUGUCACGUGGGCGAAGCGGGAUGAACUCGGCGAGGCCACUGCCAACCUCGUCGCCGCGUAUGUUCAGAACCCGGACACGAAUUCGCUCUCUUUCCCCUAUGUGAAUCGCGUGCUGUUGCUCUCGGGCCCGCGGGCGUAUUCGCUGCGGGAGACUGUGGAGAUUCUUGGUCGCGCGGUGGGUAAAGAGGUCCGAAUUCGUGAGAUCUCGACGGGUGAAUAUGCGGCGUUGUCGACGCAUGGGGACAAGCAUACGUACCAUGGGGUUGACCUGGCAAGGGAGUGGGCGACGGCGUGGGAGGCGAUCCAGCACGGGGAGACGGCGGUGGUGUCGCCGCUUUUGGGGGAGCUCUUGGGACGAGAGCCGGAGGACUACGAGACAACUAUUCGGGGUUUAGCCCGGGAGGUGAGAGGACGGAGUCACGGAGUUGAUGCAAGUUAAUUAGGGCUGAUUUGGAUUUGUACUGACUAAGGAUGAGCAUAGGUGGACGGGGAAGA